GCCCGGCGAAGGUGGAGGCGAGCGAAAGUGGAGGAAGACCAAUGAUGAUGAAUGAAACCACUCCAGUCCGAGCAGGAGCUGUUAAUGUUCCUUAUGGGCAUGUGAUUGGCAAUGAGAAGUGGAAAGGCUCACAGAUCGCUCAUGGGAUACAAGGGAAAGUUACACUCAUUCUAGAAGAUGGCCUGGGAGUUGUGGACUUCCAUCUUUCUAAUAGAGUCUGUGUCCUCUAUAUUUCUGAAGCAGACCUGGUUGCAGGAAAUGGCUUUAGAAGACGACUUGUUCGUUUCAGAAAUGCCUGCAAUCUUCAAGGAAUUGUAAUAGUUGAAAAAACCCAGCUAAGUGACCAGUAUUUCCCAGAAGUACAGAAAUUUGUGGUCCUGGAACUUGGAAUGUCAUUACUUCCAGUGGCCAACCAGGGAGAAGCAGCACAACUGAUUAUCCAACUAGUGCAGGAGCAAACUAAGGAUCGAGCCAGCAAUCCCUUCCUUGAUAAGAAACGUCCCAAGUUUUUAGAGGCUUCUGUGUUACAAACUGUUCAGCAGAUUCCAGGAGUUGGGAAAACCAAAGCUUUGCUUCUCCUACAGCGAUUUGGGACCCUCCACCAGCUUUGUAAUGCAUCUGUCCAGGAGCUUGAACAAGUAGUUGGACAUGCUCUGGCACAACAGAUCCAUAAGUUCUUCACGCACACAAAGUGAUCGAGCUUGUUGGCUGAGCAUCUCGGGGGGGUAGUUCACAUCGGCUUAUAGAUGAGAGGACUUCUUAUUGUUGGGUAUAUAUUUAUUUUUGGGGG